UUUUGUCUGUCUUUUAAGUACUCAGAGUUCUCUAAUCUUCAGCUUGGUUUCUGCAAACUUGGGUCUGUGUUUCCUUCUGGGUUUUACAUCCAUUUCAGACUUUCAGCGUUUUAGAAGCAAUGAGAAAUUCAGACUAUGUGGAUUUAUCCAGUGAUGAUGAGGAAACUGGCGUCUCGAACUCUGUUUCUCCGGCGCUGAUAUCUCGGCAAUUCUGGAAAGCUGGACACUACAAGGUUGCACACAGACAGGGUCACAGAGCCGGAACUGAAAAUCAACAAAAUCAUAUGCGCAUACAUCCUAUGUUUCUUCAUUCAAAUGCCACUUCACAUAAGUGGGCUUUUGGAGGCAUAGCAGAGUUGCUUGACAAUGCAGUUGAUGAGAUACAAAAUGGAGCAACUUUUGUUUCCAUAGACAGGAGUUAUACUCCAUCAGAUGGGAAGCCAGCUUUGCUAAUUCAUGAUGAUGGCGGCGGAAUGGACCCAGGGGCUAUAAGGCGCUGUAUGAGCUUUGGAUUUACAGAUAAGAAAUCAAAAUUUACCGUUGGACAGUAUGGAAAUGGUUUCAAGACCAGCUCUAUGAGACUUGGAGCAGAUGCUCUGGUCUUCAGUCGUCACAGGUCACUGACUCAAAGUGUUGGACUUCUUUCAUAUACAUUUUUGACGCAAAUGCGCUAUGAUCAGAUACUUGUACCAAUGGUGGAUUAUGUGUUGAACAGCUCAUCUAGAACAUAUCAGCCCUUAAUGCCGCAUGGUAAACAACAAUUUUCUUCUAAUUUGACCAUGAUGUUGCAGUGGUCACCUUAUUCAACAGAAGAAGAGCUGCUGAAGCAAUUUGACGAUAUAGGGCCUCACGGAACAAAAAUUGUUAUAUACAAUCUUUGGUUAAAUGAUGAUGGAGAUAUGGAACUAGAUUUCAAUUCUGAUCCUGAGGAUAUUCGAAUCAAUGAUGAAAAAACAAGUCAGGAAAGUAAACCAAUUUUUUACCAUCAUGUGGCCAACCAAUUUCAGUUCUCUCUUCGUGUGUAUGCAUCGAUUUUGUACUGGCGGUUACCAACGUACUUCAAAAUAAUAUUGCGUGGACGAGAUGUUCAACACUACAAUAUUGCCUUGGAUCUUAAGUUUCAUGAGAUCAUCAAGUAUAGACCACAGGGAAAUCUGAAGGUUCGUGCGUCCUACAAAUUUUUUUCUUCUGAGUUAACUGCCGAUAUAGGGUUUUUGAAGGAAGCUCCCCAUGUGAAUAUUAAUGGUUUCUGUAUCUACCAUCGAAAUCGUCUAAUACUGCCAUUUUGGCGUGCACUUAAAAAUUCAUCAAAUAUUGGGCGAGGUGUUGUGGGUGUUUUGGAAGCCAAUUUCAUGCAGCCUACUCACAAUAAACAAGAUUUUGAAAGAACUCCCCUCUUCCAAAAGCUUGAAGACCGUUUGAGGCAAAUGGCAUCAGAGUACUGGCGUCUACACUGUGAAUUGAUUGGUUAUCCAAAACCGUCAAAAAAUCCCCGCAUAGAAUUGGAUCAUCAGGAAUCGCCUUCGUCGAGAACUCGAAAUUGCUUGUACCAGCCUGAGCCUUUGAAUCAUGGUUCUCAAAAUGAAAGUUCAGGAGCCUCUAUGAAUGCAGUGGGUUUCUUAGAAGAUUCUGAAGUCACUACAUUAGAAGUCUCAUCUGGAUUACUGGGAAAGUCAACAGACAUACACAAAAUUAGGAACCAAGGAGGUCUCAUGCUAAAGAGGAAGAAUAUUGAUCCUCCAGCGAGCCUACACCAUGCAAACAGGCACAUGGGAUCCUAUACUGAACAGCCUGAUAGCGCUGUAGAUUCAGAGAAGAUGUGUCUCGUGCAAGCAAAUAAAAAUCUCCGUUCACUGCUGUCAGAAAAGGAGAAAAUGGUGGAUGACCUCAAUUUGAAGGCUCAACAGCUUGGAAUGGAACGAGAGAGCUUAAUGAUAGAAUUUACACAGAUGCUGCUCGAAGCAAAACUGUUGGAGGGGAACAGUGUAGAUUUUUUCUAGGCGAAGAAGAAGUCACUUUUACCAUUUGUAUGGAAACUC